GACAUGUGCUUAUUCUAAUUUGUUUAAAAUGAUUUCUGAAAAUACUCAGUCAAAUGAAAAUGUGGAAAUUAAAGCAGAAUUGGAACAACCAAAAAAUCAAGAUGAUGUUUAUGAUUAUUUAAAUCGUGAUGGUUUUACUUCAGAAAUAUUUAAAGUUGAAAUACGUGGAUUACCAAAGUUUUAUGGCAUUAGUGAGUUUAAAAAAUUAAUGAGCGAUAAAUUAUCAUUGGACUGCGUUAAAAUAAAAACUAUACGUCCGGGUAAUCCUUGGGCCUUUGUAUGUUUUCGCAGCGAAGAUGAUCGAAAAAAAGCUCUACAAAAAAUAAAUGGAUUUCAGUGGAAAGGCAAAUCAUUAUCAGCACAUGAAGCCAAACCAGCACCAGACCCUUUGGUCAAGAAAAGAAAACAAUUAGAAGCCAUUGAUCAAGCUACAAAAAAAAUUAAAGAUAAUAUUUCACAAGAUGAAAAACUGAAAAAUUCUACCACUCCAUAUUGGAAUCUAACUUAUACAGAACAGCUGGAAAAGAAGCAAAAAGAAAUUCAAAAUAUUUUAAAGGACUACAAUCAUCAAUUAAAGAAGUGGAUGCAGCCAUCACUAAAAACUUGGCUAGAUAAACAAAAGAAUAAAUACAAUGGAUAUAUUUGUGAAUUAUUAAAUAUAAUUCCAUCGCCAGUGGAAAAUGGAUAUCGUAACAAAUGUGAAUUUUCUAUAGGAUUGGAUGAUGAAAAUCAUUUGCCCACAGUUGGUUUUCGAUUAACUAGUUAUGAUAAAGGUUCCACGGCAGUAGCUCCAGUUGAGGAAUUGAAUCAUAUACCAGACCAAAUGAAAGCUGCAGUAAAAGCUUUUCAAAUAUUCGUAAGAAAUUCAAAAUAUAGUGUAUUUUCACCAGAAGACCACAGUGGAUAUUUUAGGCAAUUGACCAUAAGGAUCUCAAAUUUUACAAGAGAAUUAAUGCUCAUUGUUGGCAUACAUCCUCAGAAUUUGACUGAAACUGAAAUCACAGCAUUCAAGGAGGAUUUGAAAGAUUUUUUUUCAUCAGGUGAAGGAAAAGAUAUUGUAGUCAAUUCUUUAUAUCUGCAAUUUAUUACAAAACGAUCUUCAGGAGAGGCUACUUUAGAUGUUAUACAUAUUAUGGGAACAACUCAUAUAACUGAUCAAAUUCUCGGCCUGCAAUAUCAAAUAUCUCCAGAAGCUUUCUUUCAAGUAAAUACCAAAUGUGCCGAGAUUUUAUAUACCAAAGCUAUAGAAUUAAGUAAACCUACUUCUGAAACAACUUUGUUGGAUAUAUGUUGCGGAACAGGAACUAUUGGACUAUCAUUUGCUAAGUAUUGUGAAAAAGUUAUUGGCGUGGAGAUUGUACAACAAGCAGUGAUUGAUGCAAAGAAAAAUGCAGAAAAUAAUAAUAUCAAAAAUGCUGAAUUUCAUACUGGGCCAGCUGAGGAUGUUUUAAGUUCUGUAUUAUGGGCAACUAAAGAUCAAAAGGAUGUGUUAGCUAUUGUGGAUCCACCAAGGGCUGGCUUGCAUACUCGUGCUAUAACGCAGCUCCGUCGAUGUGUAGAGUUAAAACGUCUUGUGUACAUUGCUUGUAGUCCUCGUUCAGCAAUUAAGAAUUGGAUAGAUCUGUCUCGGCCAACAUCUAAGACUAUGCGUGGAGCACCAUUUCUACCAGUUAAAGCAAUUGCAGUUGAUAUGUUUCCCCAAACUAAACACUGUGAAUUUAUUCUUUAUUUUGAGCGAAUUGAGGACCACACUUUGAAUCAUAUUAAGAAUAAACUAGAUACAGAG